UCAACCUCUCUAACUCAUAUCAUCACAAUUUUGCAGAGCGAGAAGAUCAAGAUGGGCCAAAACGCAUCAGCUGGAAAGAAGAAGGGUAAAGAAAUUGAUGCCGUGAUAGAGAAAUGCUACCAAACUUAUUUUAAAGACAAGAAAGAUUGGACUUCAGCUAAGUUCUACGGAGCAGUAUGCGAAACUGUCGAAGAAAUCAACAAAAAGCUUGGAAGCACGCAGUUAAGUGUGCCAAAGACUACGACGCUGGAGCUAGCCUAUGGGAGAUACAAGGAAGCAGCAGAAGGAGAAUUGUCAAAAGAAGAGUUUCAAGGGAUUCUCCAGGAAGUGCUAAUUGAGACUGGAUUUACAGGAAUUGGAGCCAAGGACAUACUCUUGUACCUAUUCGGGAUCCCGGUUACAGGCUUAAUGAUCAAGAAACGUGCAGCCCUCAAAAUCCAUGACGAUUUAUUCAUCCCUGCUAUCACCUCGGCCACUGUUUUCCUCCUUGCAAAACUAAAAAAAAUUUGAGGGUCAUUGGCUCAUUCCCUGCUAGUUACUACGUCUAUCCUCAAAUCAUGUUUAAUUUACUGAUGCAAUGGUGGUUGUUGUGGAGGAUAUCUGCAAAGUUCCUAAUUAAUUACUGAAUAUCCAAGCCAUAUCCAGCAGUACCUCAGACUAAGUAGAGACUAAUGUGGAAUACCAUUCCUCCACAAUUUGUCUUGGUGUAAACGGUAAAGGAAAAAGCAUCGUCAUACUAAUGAUGGGAUUACCAUUCAUUGCGCACGUAGCACCAAUAACCUCGAAAUAAAAACGCAUUUAUUUGGUUUUCA